AAAUAACCUGAAGUAACCUAAAAACUUAUUAUAGAAACAGCCUUUAUUUAAUUUUUAUAAAUCGAAAAAGUUUAAAGUUCUCUCCUGAAUCAAUAGUAGUAAUAUAAUUGCAAUUCUACGUUUCAGUGUUACUAUUUAUAAUGGAUCUAUUCGUUAUUAACAGAUAUAGAGAUAAUAAUGAAGAAGUAGACUGGGUAGAUCAAGAAUCAAAAAAUUUAGAAAAAUUAAAACAAAAGAUUGAAGAAAGAAGGAAAACAUGUGUAGAUCACAAGCAAUCAAAUAAUAUAAUACUUAAAGAAGUAAAGGCAAUUGAUGACGAAAAGGUAACACACAAAAAUGAAGUAAAGGAUAUUCAAGAAUAUCAUAAACAAGAAGUAGCUGCAACGGGUACAAUAAAAUCUCCAAAUAUACAAAAGCAAAAUUUACAUGAAUUUAAAGUAUUAGGUAUAAAGGAGUUUGAGAAAAAAAUAAAGGUACAAAGGGUGUUACCCUAUUGGCUGUCCCAUCCACAUAGUGUACCUACUGACCUGCAAAAUUUAUCAUGUCCUGUGGAGAAACAGGAGUGGUUACAUAAUAUUCUGAAAUCCACAUUACUUAGUGAAGGAGUGUUUCAUCUGUUCCCAGUGCAAGAACAUGUAAUUCCAUUUAUUCUUAAUCAACACAAACAAACAGCUCUCUGGCCACAUGAUGUUUGUGUUUCAGCACCAACUGGAAGUGGUAAAACACUGUCAUUUGUUUUACCUGUGAUACAGAUUCUAAUGAAUAGCAUUGGUAAUUAUGUAAAAGCAUUAAUUGUUCUACCUGUGCAAGAACUAGCAACUCAAGUUGCCAAAGUAUUUAAGAAGUAUUGUACAAAGACUGGUUUAAAAGUUGCUUUACUGAGUGCUUCUACACCACUGCAUCAAGAACAACAACAAAUAGUUCGAUAUACUGAAUCAGUAGGGUGGGUCAGUGAAGUAGAUAUAAUAGUAUGCACCGCUGGAAGAUUAGUAGAACACAUCCAAAAUACUAAAGGGUUUUCUUUGAAAUGCUUAAAAUUAUUAGUUAUUGAUGAGGCUGACAGAAUUAUGGAUAAUAUACAAAAUGACUGGCUUUAUCAUUUAGAAAGACAUAUUAAAUUAGAAAAUGAAUUAAUGACUGGCAAAGUACCACCACUGAGUUGGAAUAGUAUCACUGAACAAAAAGCUUCACCACAUAAAUUGAUGUUUUCUGCGACUUUGUCUCAAGACCCUGAGAAACUAGACCAAUGGGGCCUUUUCCAGCCCAAACUAUUCUCUGCUGCAUCUGUUAAUUUUGAAGAUGAGAAUCAUAUUAGGAAAUAUACAACCCCAGCAGAACUAACAGAAAAAUAUAUAACUUGCACAGCUGAAAAUAAACCAUUAGUUCUGUAUCAUUUCUUGGUGGAGCAAAAGUGGAACAAAGUUUUAUGUUUCACAAAUGCAGCACAAACUGCACACAGAUUAACUGUAUUAUUGAAUCUUUGGGGUAAUGGUAAUUUAAAAGUUGCAGAGUUAUCCUCAGCAUUAGAUAGAUCAACAAGAGAAAAUGUUUUAAAGAAGUUCACCCAAUCUGAAAUUAAUGUACUGAUUGGUACUGAUGCAUUAGCCAGAGGCAUUGAUAUACCAAACUGUAUAUACGUUAUUUCAUAUGAUCCACCAAGAAACAUAAAAACAUAUAUCCAUAGAGUGGGUCGAACAGGACGAGCAGGUCGCACAGGUCAUGCUAUUACAAUCUUGUUACAGAAUCAAAUGAACAUAUUUAUGGACCUUAUCAGAUCUAGUGGAAAAUCAAAACUGCCUCAAAUGGAAAUUUCUCCUGAAAUAUUUGAUAAUUUAUCUGAUAGUUAUCAAUAUGCUAUCAAGCAGACAAAAGAGCAUAUUUACACUGAAAGCAAUUCAAAAAUUCAGAAAUCUAUUGACUUAAAAAGAGGUUUUAAAAGUAAAGCACAAAAAAGAAAACACGAUGGAACAAAAAAUUAAUAAUUAUAAACGUUAUUUUAAGGUCACGUUUAUAAAAUACUAUGAUAUUGACUAUUUCUUCAUACCAGGCGGGAAAAA